AUGAAACUCUUCAUCAUCCUUUCCGCCCUUGUGGCGAUGACCAUAGCAGAGGAUAUCGUGUACUUUACCACGGACAAUGAUUAUUUGGACAUCGAUACAGCGAUGAAGAAUCCAACACUGGUCAAAGGAUUUAUUGAUUGCUUCGUUGACCGUGCUCCAUGUGACCCUCUGAGUCAGUCAUACAAAAAAAACAUGCCGGAAGCGGUCCCCACAGCCUGCCACAGAUGCAAUGAUCCCCAGAAGCAUUUGUGGAACCGGUUCCUGACGGCUUUGAAGGAGUACUAUCCUCAAUACUACUGGGACUACGAGGAGAAGUACGAUCCUGACCACGUUUACUUGCCUCUUUUGGAAAAGGCUGUGGCUGAAUACUAA